AUGGUGGCCCAAAGGAUUUUUAGAACACAUCUGCUGUUCUGCUUUCUGGCUGCAUUCUCCACCUCUGCCUUAACCGAGGAACAUGUAGGAGAGAGUCAACAUGCAAAUAUUCGCCUUGAUAAGAACUUGGUACAAGAUAAAGACCACAUCAUGGAACACUUGGAAGGAGUUAUUGAGAAACCGGAAUCUGAGAUGUCUCCUCAAGAGUUGCAGCUUCAUUACUUCAAAAUGCACGAUUAUGAUGGCAAUAACUUGCUAGAUGGGUUGGAGCUUGCUACUGCUAUUUCACACGUCCACAAAGAGGAAGGUGGUGAGCAUCCCCAGGCAAUGAAAGAAGAAGAGCUCAUUAGUCUAAUAGAUGAUGUCUUAAGAGAUGAUGAUAAGAACAAUGACGGAUACAUUGACUAUGCAGAAUUUGCAAAAUCACUGGAAUAAGGUUUGGCAGGGGGUUUGUUUCUCCUUCUAACUACAUGGAAAUGUGAACCAACAUAAUGUGAUACAUUACUGUCUCAUACCCACCUCUUGUGCUGUAAGAAGGAGAGGUGUAC